AUGUUGAAAGCCUCACAUGGAAGAGCUUCAGAAAAACCUAUAAAAGCCAACUUAAACAGGGGUCCUUGCAUGGGGGCAACCGCUGCGUCUCUGCGCAAUGUGAGCGACCAUGGGGGCGGCGAUGGGCACCCAGAGCUGCAGACAGACGAGGACUCAUCACACUUGUCAUUUGAGGAGCUGUUGGAAUUGCAGAAGCAAGUGGUCACAAAGGUAGGUCAACAUGUUCUAUUUGGAAGCAGCACGAAGAAGCAAGGUUUUAGGCCACCUGAACAAGGCACACGCCUGGCGGACAAGCACAGGCCUCUGGAGAUGUCACCCAAGGUUCAGGUGCCAUUUUUGCAUCAAGUUGUGCCUCCUAGUAAAAAGGUAGCUCGUGACCCCUGCUUUGAUGAUCUCUCAGGAGAGUAUAAUCCUGAGGUGUUUGAUAAAACAUACUAAUUCCUUGACAACUUCCAUGCAAAGGAGAAACAGCUUGUGAAAAAGCAGCUAAAGAAGCAGCGUCGGGAGGACCGUGAGAAACUGCAUCAGUGGCUCCAGCUAACGGAGCAGCAGGAACUAGUCCAGCAGGAAUGCAAGCGACAGCACGAGCUACUCCUGGCCCUGAAGCAGGAGCAGCGGGAUUAGGCCAAGGAGGGCCAUCAGCCAUAUUUCUUGAAGAAAUCUGAGCAGUGCCAGUUGGUUCUCGCUGAGAAGUUCAAGGAGCUGAAACACAGCAAUAAACUCAAGAGUUUCUGGAGUCGAAAGAGGCGGCAGAAUGCAGUCAAGGACCAGUGACAUUUCCCUUUGAGAAAAGGGCGUGAAGGCCUGUCCUCAGUUCUGCAGCCGGGUGAGGCGUGGCGAUGGGCACAGCAGAUGGAACAGGGUUGA